AUGGACGAGUUAAAGGGCCUCCUGAGCGGGGCCGGCAAGCAGCUGUUCGAUGCGGCCGGUCAAGCUAUCACGAGUGCCGCCACCGAGUACAUCGGCAGCGUCAUCAACGAGAUGUUCGUGAAGAAGGAAUCGGACACGAAGCGCUUCCUGCCGAGCAUUAAGAACAUGAAGGUGCUGAAUGAGCGCAGCAAAGGACGACCCAGCGCCGAUGUGCAGGAUUUCUACCAAAUUCGCCAACAGUGCCUCGAGAAUGGUACGCUGUUUGAAGAUCCCGAGUUCCCGGCAGCGUCCUCCUCGCUAAUGUACUCCCAGCGUCCAGACCGGCAUUACGAAUGGCUUCGUCCGCACGAAAUUAGCGACGGGCCAGAGUUUUUCGUGGAAGGGUUUUCACGAUUUGAUGUGCAGCAGGGUGAACUCGGCGAUUGCUGGCUGCUGGCCGCCUGCGCCAAUCUAACCCAGGACCAAAAGAUGUUCCUGCGCGUCGUGCCGGAAGAUAACAGCUUCGAGGACGAGUAUGCUGGCGUGUUUCAUUUCCGCUUCUGGCAGUACGGCAAGUGGGUCGAUGUGGUGAUUGACGACCGUCUGCCAACGUACCGGGGACAGUUGAUCUACAUGCGAUCGUCCGAACACAACGAGUUCUGGAGCGCACUGCUCGAGAAGGCGUACGCCAAACUGCACGGUUCGUACGAAUCGCUGCGCGGUGGCACCACGUGUGAGGCAAUGGAGGACUUUACGGGUGGUGUCGCGGAAAUGUACGACCUGAAGGAUCAAACGCCACCAAAUCUGUACGAGAUCAUUGAGAAGGGCUUUAGGCGCAACUCGAUGUUUGGAUGCAGCAUUGAGGCGGAUCCGAAUGUGCUGGAAGCGGAAACACCGGAAGGUUUGAUACGUGGUCACGCGUAUUCCAUCACAAAGAUUCAGCUGGUGGAUAUUGAAACACCAGGACGGUCGGGCAAGAUUCCCCUGAUCCGGCUUCGAAACCCGUGGGGCAAUGAGGCCGAAUGGAACGGACCGUGGAGUGAUAAGUCGCCCGAAUGGCGCUACAUCCCGGACGAACAGAAGCAGGAGCUUGGGCUGAACUUCGAUCACGACGGAGAGUUCUGGAUGUCUUAUCGAGAUUUUACGCGCUAUUUCGAUCGAAUGGAAAUUUGUAACUUGAGCCCGGACUCGUUGGCCGACGAUGAAUUCACGCGGGGUAAGAUCAGCUGGGAGAUGUCCAUGUUCGAGGGCGAGUGGGCUGUUGGCAGUACGGCGGGUGGUUGCCGCAACUAUCUCGAUACAUUCUGGCACAAUCCUCAGUACAUAAUCCGGCUCGAGGACCCGGACGAGGAUGACGAGGAAGGCAACUGUACGGUGAUUAUAGCGCUGUUGCAAAAGAACCGUCGUGCCCGUCGAAACAUGGGUGUGGAAUGCUUAACGAUCGGGUUCGCUGUGUACCGUGUGACCGAUCGCGAUCUAGCGCAGAAGCCGCUGAAGUUGAACUUCUUCAAGUAUAACGCUUCGGCGGCACGUUCACCCGCGUUUAUCAACCUGCGUGAGGUGAGCUGUCGGUUUAAGCUGCCACCCGGUACGUACGUGAUCGUACCGUCCACGUUCGAACCGAACGAGGAAGGUGAAUUCAUUAUCCGCGUGUUCUCCGAAACUGCCAACGGUAUGAUGGAAAACGAUGAAAACGUCGGCGUUGGUGACAUCGAUGAUCGGAUUGCGCCCGAUGUACCCGGUUACGUUCAACCGUCUCCGCAACGGCAAGCCAUGGAACGUCUGUUUUUGGAUGUUGCCGGUGCGGACGGUGAGGUUGAUUGGGUCGAGCUGAAGCGCAUCCUCGAUCAUUCCUUCCGUGAUGACAACAUCUCCUCGGAGGGCUUCUCGAAGGACGUGUGCCGCGCGAUGGUUGCGAUGUUGGAUGUGGACCACACCGGCAAGCUGGGCUUCGAGGAGUUCCAGCAACUGCUGACCGACAUCGCCAAAUGGAAGGCCGUGUUCAAGCUGUACGAUACCGAGGGUUCCGGUCGGCUGAGCGCGUUCCAGCUGCGCGAGGCCCUCAACUCUGCCGGCUACCAUCUGAACAACCGCAUCCUGAACGCGCUGGUACACCGGUACGGUUCGCGCAGCGGCACGAUACCGUUCGACGAUUUUAUCAUGUGUGCAGUCAAGAUUAAAACAAUGAUCGAAAUCUUCCGCGAGCGCGAUACCGAGGGUUUGAACCAGGCCACAUUCAGCAUGGACGAGUGGGUCGAGAAGACGCUUUACUCUUAA